ACCAACUUAAGAAAAGGGGUUUAGGUGCACCGAAAACCUCUUUCCCUCGGAGCCUCUCGACUCUCGAGUCCCCACUCCUGUCUCCGACGACUACUCCGGCGCCCCUCUCCGCUAUCCGACGAUCUCGAGCGAGCCUCUCUCUCUGACGACCACCGAUUCCACGGCUGCUACCUAUCUUCUCCAAACUGAGGAAAAGCCGACUUUCAGAAAGCAACGAUGGUUGUUAGGAUUAGAUUGUCACGGUUUGGGUGCAAAAACCGGCCAUUCUACAGGGUGAUGGCAGCUGAUAGUAGGUGCCCAAGAGAUGGAAAACACCUUGAAGUGUUGGGUUAUUACAAUCCUUUGCCCGGACAGGAUGGUGGGAAGCGCAUGGGUUUGAACUUUGAUAGAGUCAAAUACUGGUUAUCUGUUGGUGCUCAGCCCUCUGAACCAGUUCAACAAAUUCUUUUCCGGGCAGGGCUUUUGCCGCCACCUCCUAUGCUAGCAAUGUCACGUAAAGGUGGGCCUCGUGAUCCCCGUGUGAUUGAUCCUUUAAGUGGCCGCCCUCUUCCUAGCAGUAAGCCGGAAUAUGAUGCCAAGGAAUCUGAAGUUGAAGAUGAAGCUGCAAGCUCUUGAAAGAUAUCUUUUGUGGUUGAGCAGUACAAUGUAGUGGACAAAAUUUUUUACAACUAGAAGGUUUUUUGGCAUUAAUAUUGCACUGAGAAUGGAUUUUAGUUGUCUAGGAGUGUGUGCGCAUGUGGGAGAGAGAGAGAGAGAGAGCGGUGGCAGUUGAGGCAUGGUCACGUUUUCACGGUGGCUCUAGGGAUGGUGUAAGAAGCGUUUCAAUGUGAAGGUGGCGGGUCUGUCAUGGUGGUCAUCUUUUCGGGUGGCAGCGAGGAGUAUUUGACAGAUCAGGAACAGAGUAGCCUUUGAGGAUGUAAUCUCCAGUUUAGACCAUUAUUACUGCAAACUUUUAAAUAAUGUUGGGCAGCCAACUAUUUUGGUUGCUACUAUCAAGAAUCAACUUUCAAAUGAA